AUGGAACGUUUAUCUAUUGAAAUUUUACUAGCGAUAGUAAUAGUUCUCGUUUAUAUUUACUUUAAUCUAACAAGAAACUUUAAUUACUGGAAAAAACGCCAAGUACCUGGGCCGAAACCAACCAUUCUAUUCGGUACAUUUAAAAAUGUGAAGCUCGGCAGAAUUCAUCUGGCAGAUUACUUUAAAUCAAUUUACGAUACCUACCCCAACGAACCAGCAGUUGGACUUUUUGCAGGAGAUACGCCGAUGCUACUCGUCAAAGAUUUUGAAAUGAUGAAGGAUGUGCUGAUUAAAAAUUUUUCGAGAUUUACAAAUCGAGGAUUCACAGUUCACGAGGACAUUGAUCCGCUCGGGAAAAAUUUGGUACUUUUGAAUUACGACACAUGGAAACCAAUGCGAAAGAAUCUCACGCCUGCUUUUUCGAGGGGGAAACUGAAGGAGAUGUUUUAUCUUAUCAACGAGUGUACGGAUAAUUUUGCAAAGUAUCUCGAAAGCUUAGCAAUGAAAGAUGAUCCUGUGGAAUGUCGCGACCUCACCGCUAAAUUUACCACCGACGUCAUUGGAGUUUGCGCUUUUGGUUUAAACACAAAUUCAAUGUCAGAUGACAAGAGCGAAUUUCGAAAAGUUGGACAAGACUUUUUAGCUAACUCGUGGACAAAUACGAUUCGAAUAGGUAUUAGAUCAUUGCCGUAUUGGAUGGCUUUGAUAUUGAAACCGAUAGCUCGCAACGAAAAAAUGAUCAAAUUUUUUACCAACAUUUUGACGGACACUAUGGAGUAUAGAAAGAAAAAUGGCAUCAGAAGAAAUGAUUUUGUUGAUUUGUUGAUGGAUAUCAAAGGACGCUCUGAUAAUGCUGGAGAAGAAGAAAUGACAGAUCUAGUUUUAACUGCCCAAGCUUUUGUAUUUUUUAUUGCUGGAUUCGAAACUUCCUCUACAACUAUGAGCAAUGCCAUGUACGAGUUGGCUUUAAACACUGAGAUCCAAGACAAACUCCGUCAGGAAAUUAUAAUGACCUUCGAUAAAAACAACGGUCAAUUGAAUUAUGAUCUUGUUAAAGAUAUGAAGUAUCUAGAUAAAGUUUUCAAAGAAACCGUACGAAAAUAUCCAGUAAUAUUUUGGAUAACAAGAGAAGCAACGAGUGAUCACACUUUUUCUGACCAUAAGAUUUCUAUUACGAAAGGAACAAGGAUAUCGAUCCCCAUUCAUGCCAUUCAUCACGAUCCAAGUAUUUAUCCUGAUCCUGAUAAAUUUGAUCCAGAAAGGUUUGACGAAAAGGUCAUUGAUUCAAGGCCAAAUUUCAGCUACUUACCUUUUGGUGAUGGUCCACGUAACUGCAUCGGUGAACGUUUCGCGUACAACCAAACAAAAUUAGGCCUUGCGAUUGCUAUAAAAAAUUUUAAAUUCCAGAUUUGCGGAAAAACUUGCAAAGUAUAUAAAAAGCGUUUCGACAAUAUUUUACUUGCACCGCAGGAUGGUUUGUAUUUGAAUAUAAAGAAAGUUUAA